AGGACUUUGUUCUUGUCGAAAGGCAUUGCAUCUGAACGAAGAUAUCCUAGCACAGCUGUUUUACCAGUGUAAAGAUAGCAUUUAGAGCUGUUAUCAUUGUCGCAUUUUUUACCUGUAGCCUCACUAUCGAUGUAAGGUAACAAUAUCACGCAAAAGGACACUGAUGGCUGUUUUAGGCUCACUAUAUUUUUCAUACUAUCCGAAAUGGAUGACAGUCACAGAACUAUAUUUCUGUGGUUUAUCUUUUCCUGCUUUAUGGCGCCCGGGAUAACUGGAGCAUAUUGUCCAACCCGCUAUGUAAUGGUCGACUCUGUUUGUGUGCGUUAUGAGCGGAAUAUCAAGCUAUCGUGGGACCAGGCUCGCCUCCAAUGUGAGAGGGAGGGAGCUCACUUAGGUGUACCAGAUACAACCAGAAGGAGAGAUGCCUUUUACAACUAUCUGAUAGCAAACGCCGGCGAAACGUGGGCCACUUGGGUGGAUGGAAGAGAACCCCAGGGGAACGGCUACUGGAUCUGGUAUUCCAAGGGUACCAAGGUGGAGGGAAAUUUAUGGUCCCCCGGUGAACCAGGAAAUCCGGAAAGAUUAGAAGACUGUAUAGCAAUUAAAGUAAUGGGGGGCAAAGACCUGCAUGAUUACCCAUGUGAACUCAAUUCCAACUUCUUGUGUGAAUAUAAUACAGUGAACGGAGCUUGGGGAUCGUGGGGAUCAUGGAGUCGGUGCUCCCUUACAUGUGGAGCACAAGGAUUAAGAUAUAGAACCCGACAGUGCAAUAACCCAGUUCCAGUCGGCAUAGGUAAACCCUGCCCUGGAGCUGACCGACAAACCGAACUCUGCUUCCCAGGACAGUGCCCUAUGGACGGGACCUGGAGUGUCUGGACACACUGGUCAAUGUGCAGUAAAACCUGUGGUCAGGGCAACAGAACAAGACACAGGGCGUGUAAUAGCCCACCUCCAACCAAUGGUGGCAAGGACUGCCCAGGACAAUUAGUUCAGGUCGAAACGUGCAGAGGUCCCCCGUGUCCAGCCAAACUCUGUCCUGCUGGAUUCACUGAGGUCACCGACAGCUUGUGCCUGUAUAUCUCUGACCCACAGACAGAGGCAUACAGUUAUUUUCUGUCCAUGAAGGCGUGUGCCUCACUGUCUCCACUGUCUCGCCUGAUGACAGUAAAGAACACAUACGAAUACCAUAACAUGGUCAGGUUCUUGUCUACAGCGGCUGUAUACUGGAUAGGCGAUGACACUACAAGCGGCAGUAGUUCUUUGAGCAACGGUGGCACCAAGCUAGGGACUGGUAGUUUUACCAUCUGGGACGCUGGAUUUCCGUCUGCUCGCUCCCUUACCAAUUGCGUUGACUUGAGUGGGAAAAGUGGAACUUUUCUGUGGUCCCGUAUCUAUAAGCAUUAUUACUGA